GAAAGUCCUCCAUGGCGCUUGUGGUGGAGCAGUACUUGGGCCACGACUGAUAUCGUUUCACAGGAUCACAAAGACGUUUGCCCUGCAGCCUGUCUCAGCGAAUUGGACCAGGAUCAGAACGCCAUCCACCGCCGCAGAUAGUGAGGAAAAGACCACGAGCACACCAGGUGUCACGAGAAGCACGGCCAGCUGGCACGCUCUUGGGCCCACGGUGUGUAUGCCAUACGCGCCGGGGAGGAGGAAGGUCACGGGGGUCACGGGGAGUGCACGUCGCCGAGAGGAAGGCAAAGUAAUCUCCGAGAUGGCUGGCAACUUCCUGCCUCGCCCGCUGCUGCGCCUUCGGUGGAGAAUUGGAUCAGGAUUCGUCCGCUCAUUUGAAGGCUUCCUACGAACUGUGGAAGGGGGAGGAGGACCAUCGACGGGACUUCUCGUCGCUGCUCCUUCAUGGCUACAAAAUGGUGUGCUUCCAGCCCCAUACACGCCCCUUCUUCACGUCCUACCUCCUUGCCUGGGAACGGAAGCCCUGAGCCCGGCGGAGAAAACAAGCAGACAAUCAGCCCCGCAUCCCCUGACCCAGACGCCUCAACCCCUGAGUGACAUCAGCCUCCUGCAAGUGAAGCAAUGGCUGGAAGCACGUCACAGCCCCUCGAGAGGUCGCACGGGCGAAACUGUAGCGCUGAUAGAUGAUCACGAAGCUUGCUGCGAGUCGGAGUUGGCAUCCGCGAUCGCUCUUCUGGUGGAACACAAUUGUCCCGGAGUUCACCGCUUAACAGUUUGUGCAAAACCUCCGUGUGUCCAGAUCUUUAAAUGGCCUCGCAACACCUGACCUCUCCGAGCUCCUCUGCCCCUGCACACCUGCCUCAGGUCUGCGGACCAGACAUGAUUAGAGGUACCAAGAAGUAAGAGGAGGCUCAAAGGGGACCGACCGAGCCUUUU